CUCUCCCGCCUCCCCGCCAUGGCCCCCCGGCGGCCCCCGGAGCUGUACCGGGCGCCGUUCCCGCUCUACGCCCUGCGCGUGCACCGCGAGGCCGGCCUGGCGCUGAUCGCGGGCGGCGGCGGCGCGGCCAAGACGGGCAUCAAGAACGGCCUGCAUUUCCUGCAGCUGGACUGGCGAGGAGGGGAGCUGUGCGCCUCGCUGCUCCAUGCCCACGACACGGAGACCAGGGCCACCAUGACCAUGGCGCUGGCCGGGGACCUCAUCGCGGCCGGGCAGGACGCCUCCUGCCACAUCCUCAGCUUCCGCCUGCAGAAGCCCGCCGGGAAGAAAGCGGAGGCCGGCGCUGAAGGGGCUCCCGACAAAGCAGGUGCUGGCGACAAGGGCCCCCGGAGGCGCAAGGCCCCCACCCCCGGCGGAUCAGGCAGCAACGGCGGCAUGCGCAGCGAGACGAGCGAGGUGGCCGUGGAGACGCUGCACUGCGUCCAGACGGACACCAGCCCAGACGCCCUGCAGAAGGCCGUCUGCUUCAACAACGACCACACUCUCCUGGCCACGGGGGGCGUGGACGGCUUCUUGCGCGUCUGGGAGUUUCCCAGCAUGAAGAAAUCCCUGGAGUUCCAGGCCCACAACGGGGAGAUUGAGGACAUAGCGCUCAGCCCAGACAACAAGGUGGUGACGGUGGGCCGGGACUUCCAGUGCUGCGUCUGGCAGAGGGACCAGAUGGUGACGGGGCUACACUGGAACGAGAACCUCCCGGGCAUCCCGGAAAAGGCCUACCGCUACCAGGCCUGCAGGUUCGGGACGGUGGAGGACCAAGCUCAGGCGCUGCGGCUGUACACGGUGCAGAUCCCCUACAAGCGGGAGCGGCGCCCGCCUCCCUGCUACAUCACCAAGUGGGACGGGCACAGCUUCCUCCCUCUGCUCACCAGGCCCUGCGGCAAUGAGGUCAUCUCCUGCCUCUCCGUCAGUGACACGGGCACAUUCCUGGGGCUGGGCACCGUCACGGGCUCCGUGGCCAUCCUCGUGGCCUUCUCCUUGCAGAGGCUGUACUACGUGCGAGAGGCGCAUGGCAUUGUGGUGACGGCGUUGGCUUUCCUGCCAGACACCCCUGACCUGCUCCAGGACAACGAGGCGGCGCUGCUCAGUGUGGCCGUGGAUAGCCGCUGCCGCCUGCACCGCAUCCCUUGCCGACGGAGCUUCCCGGUGUGGCUGCUGCUGCUCUUGUGUGCCGGACUCAUCGUGGCUUCGGUCCUGCUGCUCCAGCUGGCCUUCCCCGGCUUCCUCUAGGCCUCAGCUCUGCCCUUCCUCACCCCACAGACUGCAGAAGGCCCUGGGGUCCAGGGCAAAGGCUGCCCCCUCAGAGCCUGUGGACAGGUGUGCUUGGCUGAGCCGGGUGUUCCCUGAGCCAGGGGGGCAGAACCCCCCACAAAUGAAGUCUUGCGGUGGGGCAUGAACUCUUUCUCUCUCACACCCACACCCACGCACCCCGUGCUGGUGACUACGGGGUGGGGUGGCCCGACUCCUCCGUUUUGGACUGCCACGUUGAAACAUUCCAGCCUUGGCUGCGUUGGGCAAGCGAGGCCCCUCCCAGCCCCACGACGGGGGUCUUGCAAGUUGCCAUUAAACAUGAUGGAGCA